UUUAAAUAACUCGAAAUAAAAUAUUUAUAUUUAUAAAAGUCAAAGGGUUCCUCAUAACAAAUCAAGGCAUUAUAUUUUUCCCUGUGCUGUCGUUAACCACCAAAAGUGAAAUCAAGCAGCAAACGCAGAAAGCUAAACGAGGUGCAAAAAAGGACGCUGACAUUGCAGAAACUACAAAUUGAGCGUCGUUUUCAAAUUCCAGCACACUCAACGUUGUGUCGCUAGUCGAGGCUUAAACUAUAUAUAUACAAAAUGAGUAAAGACAUUUACUAUUCAGAUAAAUACUACGACGAGAAGUUCGAGUACAGACAUGUGGUCUUGCCCAAAGAGCUCGUCAAAUUGGUACCCAAAACUCAUCUGAUGACAGAAACGGAGUGGAGAUCAAUUGGAGUACAGCAGUCCCGCGGAUGGAUACACUACAUGAUUCACAAGCCGGAGCCGCACAUUUUGCUAUUUCGGCGUCCAAAGACUGAGGAGUAGUAGUAAUGCGAUUAACAAAGGCCACGCACACAUACUCAUACUCUCAUAUACACAACACACACGCACGCACACUAACACACGCACAAUACAAAUAUUCAGAUACAGCUGUAAGACGUCCGGGCAGCUGCUGCUGCUGCGCAAACGGUGGUAGCUGCACACACAACUGUUGCUGCCUGUUCGGCCCUUAACCAACGAUAACAAAACAACAGCAAGAACAACAACAACAGCGGCAACAGUAGCAGCAAAAAUAAGAGCAACACUACUAAGCCAAGCACACUUCGAUGUUAUCAUGUUUUUUUUAGAUACGCGAGAACGAAAGUUGAAAAUGUUAGACUUUUGAGUUAGGUUUGCCAUAUGCAUAUGGAAACAUAUUGCCUUAAGUUUACUAUAUAUAAAAUGUAUGUAUUUAGUUGGCCAUACGAUAUGCAAAACGCGAGUUCCUUGCAUUUUGAUUACACGCGGCCAUAGUUAAGCACGCCUCAUAGUUUAGUUGCUAUCUCGAAAUUCACAAACUAACCGAGUAACUCAAAUUGCCUACACACACACACAUACAUACACAUUAUUUCCACACAAUUUAAUGUUAAAUGAAAUCUGAUUUGUGAUCUUGAAA